GGCACCUCCAUUUACCCUUUUUUCCCCUCCCACAUUAUAACCAUCAAAACCCCGAAAACCUCAACAAUAUUUGUAAAAUUCUUCCUACCUUUAAAUUCAACUGAUUCAAAAACUUAAAUCCCAGAUCAAUUAUUAAAUCAUCAAUCAAAUUAAAAAUCAAUAAACCCAUUUUUAAUUUAAUAAAAUACAAUUUCUACCCAGAAUUAUUUCCUUAUAUUUAUCUCCUUUAAGCUGCUCUUCAGUAUUCACACACUCACUAGUAGCUUCCAUUCUCUCUCUCCUUUAUUAGAGAGACAAAAUUAUAGUAUGAAUCAAUUUUUAUAUUAGUUUUUUUUCCUACCCAGAUCCAAUCAGGAUUUAUAAAAGUUUGAUUAAAAGGAAUUAAAGGGAUGGCGACGGGGAGGUAUACGAGGAUUGAUACUAAAAGACCGUCCUCGAGCUACUGUUCCACAGUGACUGUGGUGGUUUUUGUAGCUCUUUGUUUGGUUGGGGUAUGGAUGAUGACAUCGUCAUCGUCGGAUAUUUCAACUCCUAACAUAGAUGUGCCCCAGGAAAAGCAAAAAACUGAGGUGAAACAGGAUGUAGUGAAAGACAACAAUGAGAGCCCUGCCCCUCAGUUUGAGGACAAUCCGGGUGAUUUGCCCGAGGAUGCUACUAAAGGGGAUAGUAAUGUUAAGUCACCUCCGGAGGAGAAGGGCAAUAAUGAAAGCUCCAAUGAAACGCAAUCUGAGGAAAAGCAAGAGGAGCAGUCAAAGGAGGUUGAAGAAAGUAAAUCAGAUGAGACUAACAAGAGUGAAUCAAAUGAGGAAAGCUCGGAAUCCAAGAAAGAAGAUGGAACUGAGGGUGCAAAGAGGGAUGGUGAUGGGAAUGAUUUUGGUGAAAAGGAGUCAGAAGAAGGUUCCGGUGAGAGUAAAUCAGAAUCAGAUGAGAAUGAGAAGAAGACAGAGGAGAGUCCUAGUGAAACGCAAGAAGAAAAGAAAGAGGAAGGUAUAGAGGAGAAGGUGGAGCAAAAACAAGAAAAUGAAUCUGAUGAUAGUAGCAAGAAGGAAGAUGGUGAAGCAAAAGAGCAGGGUUCUCAAGAGGUCUUUCCUUCUGCGGCUCAGUCAGAGCUUCUUAACGAGUCUACCACCCAGAAUGGUUCUUUCUCAACUCAGGCUGCUGAGUCAAAGAGUGUAAAGGAAGCACAAACACCCUCAGGCCAACAGGAAGAGUUUACAUGGAAGCUCUGUAACACAACUGCUGGGCCAGAUUAUAUUCCUUGCCUUGAUAAUUGGGAUGCAAUCCAUCACCUGAGGAGUACUAAGCAUUAUGAGCAUCGGGAAAGACAUUGCCCUACUGAGCCUCCCACUUGUCUUGUUCCUCUCCCUGAAGGUUAUAAGCGACCGAUUGAGUGGCCGAAAAGCAGGGAAAAGGUCUGGUAUGCUAAUGUUCCACACACCAAGUUAGUGAAGAUUAAGGGGCACCAGAAUUGGGUGAAAGUUAGUGGCGAGUACCUCACUUUCCCUGGCGGCGGAACUCAAUUCAAGCAUGGAGCUCUUCACUAUAUCGAGUUCAUCGAACAAAUGUUACCUGAUAUUGCAUGGGGAAAACGUUCACGUGUUGUGCUGGAUGUUGGAUGUGGAGUUGCCAGCUUCGGAGGUUUCCUUUUUGAUAAAGAUGUGUUGACCAUGUCAUUGGCUCCAAAAGAUGAACACGAAGCUCAAGUACAAUUUGCUCUUGAACGAGGGAUUCCAGCCAUAUCUGCUGUGAUGGGAACACUGAGACUGCCCUUUCCUGGGAUUGCUUUUGAUAUUGUCCAUUGUGCUAGGUGUAGAGUUCCAUGGCAUGCAGAAGGUGGAAAACUUUUGCUGGAACUAAACCGUCUGCUGCGUCCCGGAGGUUACUUUGUAUGGUCUGCCACUCCAAUAUAUCAGAAGCUUGAAGCAGAUGUUGAAAUUUGGAAUGCCAUGUCUAAACUGACCGAGCAAUUGUGCUGGAAACUCAUUAAGAAGGAGAAAGAUACAGUGAAUUUGGUUGGUAUAGCAAUAUAUCAAAAGCCAUUUUCUAACGAGUGUUAUGAACAGAGGUCACAGAAUGAACCCCCAUUGUGUGAGCAAUCUGAUGAUCGUAAUGCUGCCUGGAAUGUCCCUUUACAAUCAUGCAUGCACAAAGUACCUGAAGGUGAAACUGAGCGUGGGUCUCAGUGGCCAGAGAAAUGGACUGCCAGGCUGCAGAAACCACCAUACUGGUUAACUAGUUCCCAGGUUGGUGUUUAUGGUAAGUCAGCACCCGAGGAUUUCACUGCAGAUAAUGAGCACUGGAAACGUGUGGUUAGCACAACAUAUCUUAAUGGCAUGGGUAUCAGCUGGUCCAAUGUGAGAAAUGUGAUGGAUAUGAGAGCUGUGUAUGGAGGAUUUGCUGCAGCUCUGAGAGACUUGAAACUCUGGGUCAUGAAUGUGGUGACAGUAGAUUCACCCGAUACCCUUCCUAUAAUUUAUGAACGUGGUCUGUUUGGGAUUUAUCAUGAUUGGUGCGAGUCAUUUAACACUUAUCCUCGAUCUUAUGACCUCCUCCAUGCCGAUCAUCUCUUCUCCAAAAUUAAUAAGAAGUGCAACAUGCGAGCCUUGGUUGUGGAGGUUGAUCGGAUCUUGAGACCAGAAGGUAAGAUUAUUGUGCGUGAUAAUGUUGAGACCAUCAAUGAGUUGGAGACAAUGUUGAGAUCUAUGCAUUGGGAAAUCCGAAUGACCUAUUCCAAGGACAAGGAAGGUUUGUUGUGUGCCCAGAAAACAAACUGGCGGCCCGAAGAGGUAGAGACCUUGAAAUAUGCUCUCAUGUAAGAUAUCUGGUCUUUUCAAAGGAUCUCCAAGCCACACAUUUUGAUUACUUGAUUAGGUAUUCUUUCAGUUAUUUAAUAGUUGCAAAUUGCAUUUUGUAUUAAACUGUAAUUUUUUGCUCCCCCCCCUCCCCCCUCCCUUCCCUCCAAAAAAUAGAGAAAGUUCUUGGUGUUUAGGUUUCGUCUCCCCAAACCCUUAGUGGGUUAAUUGUAACAUUAUAUUAGUUUCUUGAUGAGGAUAUAUUGAUUUUCUGCUAGCAUAUAGCUAUAGAACUCUGCGUAAAUGUUGAUAAUUUUGUUUCUUUGUCAUACUGGAUAGUAUUGUAAGCAUAAUAUUAAGAGUUAUCUCGCACAUUGUGAUACAUUUUUUUUUAAAACUGAGCUCUGUCUGCUCCUCCAUGGAUCUUUGUCA